AUGCCCGUCACAUUCAGACCAGCAAGUCAUAUCGCGAAGUCUAUUGCGGACGCAAAGCAAGUCACUGCUCGCGAGCUGCUGCUCAACUGUAGCCCAGAUGCAGAACAACAUUGCGAUGAGAUCCUACAAUCUUUCCUCGGGCGCGGCUCCUCGGCAAAGGGCACCAUUCUGUCCCCAAACUCCUUUCGAUUACAGUCCAUGCGCCACGGGCUUGUUCAGACGGUCUGCGAGGCGUACUUGGAGCAUCGAGCACUUGUAUUACGCCCAGAUGACGUAUGGCUCGCCAUCUUGACGCAGUUCAGUCUGUACGUGAACGAGCACGCCGAGGAGUUGCGUGACAAGUUCGUCGCACAUGAGGGGAAGCAGGAGAUCACUGUCCCCUCCGAUGGCAUACGACAUACCGUCGAAUUCGGCAACAUGGCACAUCGCAUGACGAGGGAGAUGAACAAGUUCAUCGUGGAUCGCGCCGUGCGAGAUUGGAUUCUGCCGAGGUUCUCGACGACCACAGAAAACGACACAGUAGUGGCGUCCGUGGUUAUGAUGGCGACAAUGAAAGCGUACUUUGAGUACAGCUUUGACAUUACUUGCGGUAUCCCUGUGGUUGUGUUGGAAGGAAAGAGGGCCGAUUGGCAGGACAUCUUACGCAGGGCCCGGAAGCUUAUGGAGUAUGGAGAAGAGACGGAGGCCUGGUAUGCGCUUCUGCGUCCAGUCCUCGAUCGCUUCGUGCGGUCGUUCGACUCUCCAGGUGCAAAGGAGAACCUCGAAUUCUGGAAUCAUGCGGUGUUGGACGAAUGGUACAACUCACCAGCCGGUUCGAAUGAGGUAGAGAAGCAGAGUAUUCAUUCUGCCUUGUCGAACACGACCACAAUCGGAGGUAGUGCACUCGAGUAUCACGGAAGCCAAUCAUUUGGGGUACUGCAACUGGACGGGAUGACUUAUCACCAACUCCUCAGCGACACCAUCCCACCUUCGAUAGUGGAGGUCGAUGUGAAGGUGAUUGACGGCAAUGGUAUCUUCCCCUCUGUAAUGGUCGCCGGCAUCGUGGGCGCGAGCGUGCUGGAUAGCGGCAGUACUGAAGUAUCUCUAACCGGCGUCAAAGACACGAUCGCGCCUGCCGCUGGAUGGUGGCUCUACACCAAGAAAGGCGCAGACAGGGAGAAUUUGGACGCCCUUCUGUCCCGCAUGCCGCAGGAGAAAGGUGGAGAGGGUAUCUGCAACCCUAGGCACAAGCCCUCGGCGCGAGCGGAAGAGAAGGAUAGCGACAAUCGGAGGAGCAAAGCUUCGAGCAUGCGCAAUUGGGGGAGGAGAGUGCUCUCAUGCCUGCCACUCUAA